UUGACUACAAAGAGAGCUUGACUCAGUUCGCCUAAUUCUUUUUUAAACAGAAGAUGAUAAGUAAAAGUGAAUCCUAUACUUCAGGGCAGGAAUCUGUGACCAACUCAACCUGGCUGAUUUACGUAUUAAAAGAAUGGAUUGGUCUGGACUACCACUAUCCAAAUUAUAUGGGCUCCUUCUUGUGUGUGUCACUCACAAUAUUAUUUUUUCCUCAUUUACUCUGGUUUAUCAUUUGCGUCUUUUGUAAUAUUUGCCUUCACAUUUACAAGAGAAAGAACGGCCUAGAUGAUGAUUUUUCCAAUAAAUCGUGGGACAAUGGAAGGCUAAUUGUGUCACGCAUAAUUAGUAUGUAUGGAAAGCUAUGGCAUGGUUAUGAAGUUCAUGGUAUAGAAAAAAUACCAGAAGGACCGGGGCUUAUUGUUUAUUACCAUGGAGCCACUUCUGUAGACUACCACUUCUUUGUCUGUAAUCUCUAUAUACAGACGGGCAGAGUCUCCUAUUCAGUAGUUGACCGCUUCUUGCGUAUUGUACCAGGCCUACAACUGUAUCUUAAACUGCUUACUGCAGUGUAUGGAGGGAGAGAACAAUGUGUUGAAAUUCUGAAGAAAGGCAACUUACUGGGUGUUGCACCAGGUGGAGCUAGAGAAUCAUUCUUUAGUGAUGAAAACUACGGUAUCUUGUGGGGUAAUCGUAAAGGUUUUGCUCAAGUGGCCAUAGAUGCAAAAGUGCCCAUCAUCCCUUUGUUUACUCAGAAUAUUCGGGAAGUCUGUAGAACAUUUGGAACAACAUGGUUUAUUAGGUGGUUGAAUGAACGUUUUCAAUUGCCAUUCGCUCCUGAAUAUGGAUGGUUCCCAGUCAAACUUUGCACAUAUAUUGGAGAUCCCAUUCCCUAUGAUCCAAAUAUAACAGCUACGGAACUAGUUGAAAAGACAAAGAUUGCCAUCGAAGCGCUAAGAGACAGACACCAAAAAUUACCAGGAAAUAUAUCAAGGGCUCUAUUGGAACGAUUUGAUAAACAUCAGAAAGAUGACUAGUGUGUUUACUUAUGUUUAAAAUGCACAUACCUUGUUGUAAAAGUAUUAAUAACUACAUGUUACUGUACUUUGAACUUUUAAAAAAAUUACAGUUUUUCACCCAACAAGGGCUAUCUCUCUUAUGUCUCUGAUCAGCAAGUAGAAACGGGCCAAAACUCAAAUUCUUAAAAGAUAAAAUUGGCUUACAAAGGAUUUUGAAAAAUUUAGGCUUGUGCUCAUUUUACUAGUUUAUGGUACGUGAAGAUGGCCUGAAAAGGUGGGGGUGUUUUUUGGAGGAGGAAUUUUCCACCCCACCCCCCACUUAGGUUUUGAUCCUGGUACCACUGAAAGCCAUAAACCUGAUCCAAAGCCCAUUUUAAGUCAAUGGGAAUAGGAAUAGGCCAAUAAUAAACGCCUAGUCUGGUUUUGUUGGGGAACCUCUUGGGGUGUCUCAGAUAGGCAUUGUGGGCUCACUUUAAUUGAAAUGACAGCAUGUUCCUUAGAAGUUAUGUUUUAAACAGGUGCUAACAAAAACAAAUUAAAAUCCAGAGUUUAACGCCUAAGAAUGCUUUGACUGCUCAAUAACACAGCUCCCGUUGUGCUAGUUCUCCAGUCAUCACAGAUUUUUCCAAGGCAGACAACACCUAAAAUUUUCUAAUACAAAAAAGAAAGAAGAAACCCUCCCAGAUCCUGAGAGGGAGAAAAACUCUUCAGGCCUUCUUGAUGCACCAGAAACAAUCAAAAAAAGCACAAACCCAUCUUUUCUCCUUUGAAGGUUACUUUUAAAUUUUUGGCGUUUCACCAAGUUUAACAGUAAUUUGCUUGGCUUAGAUGCUCUGAUAUAGUACAUCAUAUUAAUUCUUUGACAGCAGAAUUACUAACUUAUUCAAACAUUGGAAAAAGCUGAAGCACUGUCUAAUGUUUGAAUUGCUUAGAUCGUAAACAUAAGGAGUGAAAAUCCUGACCCUGCUAUACUCAAUAGUAAAAUCCCUUUGACUUUAAUUGAACCAAUGUUUUAUCCAAGAAUGUUAGAGAUGAACUCCCAAGUGGCAGUGACAGAAAACUUCCUACUCAAAGAUGCAUUUUUUGCUUUUAUUUCAUGCAAUUAUUGCCCUUAUAGUAUUUGCUCUUUAAUGACUCCAGAAGACUGAGCAAACAUUUAUUCUUUUGUGCUUUAAUCUUCUUGCAAUAGCCACUUGUCUACUAUUACAAGAGGAAAAUCAGGAAAAUUUGAUCUGAAGAAACAACUCCAGAUGGUCAUUUUGUACAGCAUCACGGUCUGCUUGAUUUGAUAUUAGAAUGUGUAGAGUACAAACAUUUGAGCUAAAUCUAUGUACAUAAAAACAAGUGCCCUGAAGCAUUUAGAUUUCUUGUCUUCUUGAAAGCUCAAUUUGAAAAGUAUCCAGUACAGAAGUAUAUGAGUACAGAAAAGAAUCAAAACUAAAUGCCCUGUUGCUUCUCUCUACAUAUUAAUGUAAAACUAGUAUUUUAAAUAUGAUGCAUGAAA